CCAGAACUAACCAACACGUACGCCCCACACCACGCGCACACGCUAGCUGCCUAGCUCGCUCUCCCCGCGCGCCGCCGGUCGCCCGCGACCGGAGCGAAUCGUUUCACCGGCCGGGAGUUCGUCCGUCCCUGCUCGUGCUGCAAGUUGGUCUACGGAUUGGUUUUUUUUACGAGGCUCUUGUCGUCUAUAUAUUGUUGCUGUAGCGCCGCGGGCGGCCGGGCGCGCGCGCGGCUGCACACACACUGCACUGCUGGGGAUUUCGAUCGGUUGCGCGCAUCUUCGUUCGCAUCGGUUGCCUCGGUCGGGGCAUGGACGCGUCGAGCGAGAGCGGUGGCGGUGGCGCGGGGAGUGGUCGUGGGGGCAGGAGGUGGAAGGGCAAAGGCGUCACGCCCAUACAGCCGCGGCGGCAGCUGGCUCCGGUGAUGGAGGACGCGUCGGCGGCACUGCUGCGCCCGCUCAAGAAGAUCGGGCGGGCGCCGGACCGCUUCCAGCGGUCCGCCGCGUCGUCGCUGUCGACGACGACGUCUUUGUCGGCCCCGCCUUCCCCUCGCGCCAGCGCUGCAGGCGCCACCUCGCACGCGCCGGUGUCGCCGCCCUCGGCGCGGCAUAUGUUCCCGUUCGCGUACGAGCCCUCCGCGGCGGUGGGCAGCGCCCCGCGGCUGGAGCUCCCGCCGUGGCAGCAGCACUCCGCCAGCGAGUCAUCACAGCCGGCGUCGCCACACCAGCAGCAGCAGGCUCAUCAAGCGCCUUUGCAGCGCCACCAGCAGCAGCAGCAGAUGAUAUCGUUCGGCGCGCCGACUCAGUACCAGGCGCAGCUGUUGCUGCCGGAGGGCCCGCAGCAGCAGCAUCAUCUGCUGCGGUACUGGAGCGAGGCGCUGAACCUGAGCCCGCGCGGCGGGCAGGCCGCGGCCGUGCUGCCUUCGCUGUACCAGCACCUGCUGCGCGCUCCGCCGCCGCCGCCGCCUCAGAAGCUGUACCGCGGCGUGCGGCAGCGGCACUGGGGGAAGUGGGUGGCCGAGAUCAGGCUGCCGCGGAACCGCACGCGACUCUGGCUCGGCACCUUCGACUCCGCCGAGGACGCCGCCAUGGCGUACGACCGCGAGGCCUUCAAGCUCCGCGGCGAGAACGCGCGGCUCAACUUCCCGGACCGGUUCUUCGGGAAGGGCCACGCCGGGGGAAGCGGCCGCACCAGCGCCACAGCCGCGGCCGCGCCCACAGCUGCCGCCGCGUCGGGCUCCACGUCGUCGUCGUCGCCUCCACAGACUCCUGACGAGGAAAACACGCACCAAACGCCGCCGGACGCAGAAGGAUCGUCGGGCAAGCAGCCACAGCCUCCGGUUGCGACAUCGUCGCAGCUAGAAGGAAGCUCUGGUGGUGAGACGACCUUGCCAGACUCGGGUCAAAUGAUUCACUCGCCGGAGGCUCCUGCUGGCAGUGAGUGGGGUCCGGCCGACGAGGCAUGGUUCAACACGUGGGGCCCAGGAAGCUCCUUCUGGGACGACUACGACAUUGAUAGCACUCGCGGCCUCUUUCUCCAUCACGGGCGCUUCGCCGGCGACGAGGCCGGCAUAAACACAGCGACAACAGCGGCGGCAACCGGGACGGACAUGUCAUGCGAUCACGUCCCGGUAACACCUGCUUCUUCUUCUUCCCCACUGCACUCACAGUCUCCUCAUUCGCCUACCUUCAUGGACUAAACAGCACAUCCAAGUACCUUUAUUGCUGAUCUCAUUCUUUUUCUUGCACGUUGAUUACUUGCAGAAAUAGCACUAGCAAGUAGGAUAGAGAUGCACGCAGGUUUCAGGUUUUUUAGACAACUUGCGGCAUCACACAGAUUCAUUAUUGCACAUCAGCAUUUAUAAGAACCAUCCGGCCAUGAUGCCUUUCUUCAUCAGAUGCUUCUUCUGAAAUUCACCAGGAAACCAUGCUCUAGGCUGCAAUAUUUUGGUCAGCUACUAGGGCAACCAGUCAAUUUCUCACCCAUGCAUGAUCUGCAACAGCAUCCUCAAUAGACGACUCACGAGUGUUUUAGAUAUUUCCUAUACUCUUCAAUGUGUUCUUCAGUUUGUUGCAACAUUACGUCCCCACUGUUUCAUGUGAGAUGGCUUUGUCACUAAUUUAGCUAUGGGUUCCUACCUCCUAGUGUUAGGAAAAUUAUGUUGAUCAGUUUAUGUAUGUUGUAUUGUUCUACUGUUUAUGAUUUAUUAUUUUCCUGUA